AUGACGUCUGCGGUGGCGCUGUUCCUGGCCGGCGCGGAUUUCGAUGAAGCGGAUCUCCCGGCUGGUUUGGAGAUGCGGCUGAACACCUUGAACGACAGCGACGAAGAACCUUCGCCAGAGCCAGUGCCCAGCGGCGUGGUCGGCGAGGCCUGGGUGGAUGCCGAGGCUUCGCAGAUUGCAGAGGGUCCGGUGGGCAGGGUGGGGGCCUUUGAGAUGG